AUGGAAAACGAAGUAAAGAAUGACAAUACACAACAAAAUGAUACGAGCUUGCUUGUACUUAAGUCACCAUCAUCACCGAUCAUGAUGGGAAAUUGUAACAACAAACAGAGAAGAUCAAGGACAAACUUCACGUUGGAACAAUUGAAUGAAUUGGAAAGACUUUUCGAAGAAACUCACUACCCUGAUGCAUUCAUGAGAGAAGAACUCAGUCAACGUCUUGGAUUGUCCGAAGCACGAGUUCAAAAUAGACGAGCAAAGUGUAGAAAGCACGAGAAUCAACUUCACAAAGGAAUUUUGAUAACGAGUCAUAACAGCCCGCCAAUCACGACACCUUUGGAACCUUGUCGCGUUGCACCCUAUGUUAAUGUACCAGCGAAUAUCAGAGCAACCACAUCUGUGACAUCAACUACAGUUACGCCUAACUAUCCAACUUCAGCGAAUUUUUCUGCUUUUGAUCCCGCUCUGCUUUCUGCUGCACAUCAAUAUGCUGCAGCCGCUAUCAGCAGUGGCACCUUGGAUCGAAGUCUUUUUUCUUUACCUCAGUACCCGCUUAAUCUUGCAACAGCUCUUGCAACGGCACACAAUAAGAAUUCAAGCAUUGCUGAUCUAAGAAUGAAAGCGAAGAAUUAUGUUGAGGCUCUUGGACUUGAAAAUCCCGUGUAAUAAAUGUAAAGCAUUUAAUAAUGUUUUCAAAGCACAUCAAAAGUUACAUGUAGUAUUGAUGAGUUUAUUAAAAGUUUAUGUAUUAUGCUUUCAAAUUGAACUUUUUCAUUAUUAAUUAAAAUGAAAGCACUUUCAUGAUAGUUUAAAAUAGAUCAAGAACAUUUUUUCAGUUCAGCAAAAGCAACAAAUAAAGUCAUCGAUAUGAUGUGUU